AGUCCGAAUCAUUUGAAACGGAAUUGUCCAAUGAAGCCCAUAGUUCAUUCAGCUCAGGCUAUGAGUGUGGAGGACACUCCGAUUAAUAGCGUUAGGUCAAACAAGUCAAGUUUACAUUCGAAUGAAAAUUUUAUACCGAUAGGAACUUUGCGUUCAGACGAUGUGGCAAGUAGUCAGUCGAAAUCCACUAGAUUCGUAGAAAGUUUAGCCGGUUGUAUACUCAUAGGUGAAGUUCCAUCAGAGAGUGAUGCAAGUGUUGAAACGCUUGGUAUGGCGUAUGAAAAAGUUGGUGCGAUGACUGAUAUGCCGGUUGUUUCGGGUAGGUUGUUACCCAUGAACAAGCCCGUUUCCGUGCUGAAGGAUUCUGGGAGUAGCACGAGUAUAGUGAGAACGAGUUUAGUAUUAGACAAUCAGUUCACGGGGGUGAUUCAGUUGGUUAAGCUGAUAGAUGGCACUCUUAGGAGUUUUCCUAGGGCAAAGGUCAUGCUUGAUAGUCCCUAUUUCAUUGGAGAGGUCAAUGCAUUGUGUGUGCCUAAUUGUUUGUGUGACGUCAUUAUUGGUAAUGAUGUGAAGGGGGCACGUGAGCCCAAGGAUCCUGACUUGCAAUGGGUGCCUAGUAUAGAUCGUAAAGAGAAUAUACAUGAUCGCAUGUCCAAAGUUGAUGUUGAUAGUUCGGAAGAUAUUCGAGUUUCCGAAGUUGUUCAUGUGCAAAGUUCGGAAGUUGUGUCUGGAUCGAACGAUGAUCGGGUAUCCGAAUCUGAUGUGCAAAGUUCGGAAGUUGUGUCUAGUUCGGAAGAUAAUGUUCGGGUUUCCGAAGUAUCCUUGGAUCUUCGAAGCUAAUCACAAUCGCAACUCGAUUACACUUCGCGAUUAGAAAUUAGAAUAGGGAUUUACCUUAGUAGGGCUUACCUGUAAAUUUAGUUAGAAUAGGGAAAACUUAUAGGUCCUUUAGUUUAGGAAAUAAGAUUGUAAAAUUAUAUUUUUUGUACUUUAUAUGAAAUUGGUAUGCAAUGACAUGACAAACACAAAGGAUUGUCUUGUUCGUAAGAAGUUUUUGAAAAAGAAAAGGUCUUAGACUUAGUGUUUUAUAAUAGGCACUGUCAUUAUACAUACUGUAUUCAUACAACAAGCGCUAUUCAAAGGCGUUUGAUCAAAAUAUUGCAAAUCAGUAACUGUGUUUAGGAUAUAAAAUUGUUUUUAUAAUCGAUUAUUUAAAAAAAGAACAUAACGUUGAAACUUUGUAACCAUUUUUGAAGGAAUUUAUGUACACGAAAAAAUAUAAAUCUUUGAAAACUUAAUGGCGUUGCAAUAAUUUUAAUUUACUUGAAUGUUUAAAAAAAAAAUACUGAUUUUGAGAAGAAUACUGAUUUUACAUACAUAAAGCAAUGUUUAAGGAUUAUGAAGUACUUUCAUUUUAUUGAAAUAUACAAUACUAUGAAAAUGGUAACAAACACUGCACUUUGUUUUAAAGGAAGUUGUGUUCGGAAAGAUUACUGAAUUUAAACAGUUAUUUGACAAAGCAAAGUAAGAAAGGAUUGUAAAUUUCAAUGCGCUUUGCAGAAUUUAAAUUGAUAUUUUGAAACUGAAAUGUGAACUUGAUCUUUUACAAAACUAAAGAAAAGCUUGGAUAAUGUGAUAUGAAAUGGUUUUGUAUAAUGCAUUUGGCAUAUGUUAUGCUGGUAUAGAAAUCAAUAUUACUUGUGUUUUUUGAAAUAGUGUUAUGAAAGCUUAGUCAAUGCUUUGAAAGUAAAUUUCUUAACGGAUAUAAUUCAGGUUCCCUUAAUUUCAUCUUAAGGUGGGGGAUAUUGUCAGGAAAGAAAUUUAAUUAUAGAGUAUUUCAGUUGAGUUUAGACAUGUGUUUAAAAUAUUUACUUGGUCCAGCUUAUGGUAGGCCUAUAGACAAUUGUAUAUGUACAUAUGUUUUGAAUGUUUCAAAAGCAAGCGUUGGAAACGUUUGAUACCCCCCCCCCCCCCUAGAGUACAAGAUCAGGUGGAUGCCAUAUUUUUGUUCAAAGUGUUAGAAAUAUUUCGUACUAGCUAAGCAUCUUCAUACAUGUGUCAUAAAUAGUUAAUACUGUGCUUUAGCAUUGAAGAAUUUAGAUGUACAGAUGCACAGGAAGUCUUUUGUUAUUAAGAAUGUGUUUUAUGCACUCAUCUGCUAUUGAAAUUCUUUGAAUUACGUUAUAGAAGUUUUACAGUUAGUCCUAGUAACGGUAGGGUAUAUUAGGAAGUUAAUUUAAGUAAUUCAGGGAGAGAACCACCUAAGCUAGAAUAGACUACAGAUGUUCGUAUAGGCAGUCUAAGUUAAAACUGAGGGACUACGUCGGUGACGAGAUAACGACCCCAGCUGCCACCGGUUCUCCACCGACAUGAUUCGACACAAUUCAUGUCAUCAUUGGGGGCUCGAUCUCGUCCACUAAUUUGUUAAAGCCACAUCUCUCUGAUCUGGGGGCUACUCAUCGAGGGGCAACAGUCUGCGGAGGCCGAGGCCGAGUGGAAGAGACAUCGCUAGCUGCGGAGGCCAGGAACUGGACCGACCACCAGGGCCGAGUGGGGCAUGUCAGGCCAGAUGAGAUGAUAGGGGCUAGAGUCAACGAUUACCGUUAAGUUAAGUUGUAUUUUGUUAUAUCUGUGUAUAUUUUCAUGUACAAAUUAUUGUAAAACCAUCAAAAGAGAACAUCAGAAAGAUUGAAAAGAUAUGAUUAAAUCUUUUUAAU